AUGUUCGGCUAUAUUACUUGUGCAACCACAGGCAUCGUGUUAGAUCGCCUUAAGACCGCAACGCAUGUCGAGCUGCACUUCUGCAUUCGCUCUUGCACAGACCCACCUAACAUAAUGGCCACCUCGCCCACGGUCUUCACUCCGCUCCAGCUCAAGGACAAGCGCAAGGGCGUAUACACACCAAAGAUCACUGAUAUCACGCUGCCCAUACCCCUACUAAGCGAUCUGGAUGCACACGAGCUUUGUAUCUCCGUUCUUCUUGCAGAGGUUGCUAAGGAUGGCACCACUGCAUGUGCAGACCUAGUGCAUGUGUGCUCCAGAGCCACACUUGCAGAGAUCCUGGCUGGCCGAACUGUAGAAGAAACAGCUCCUUUCAGCAGCCCAGCUGCUUCACCCUGCACAGACCAUAUUAAACUGUCGCUCUCCUACCGCAAGCCGCUGAGAAAGGCAAACAGUGCAGCGUACGAGUGUCUACGGCUCGACACGCUCUUUAUUCAAUUAGCCGAUAUUACGCUUCCCCUCAGCAAGAGAAGCUAUCUAGAUGAGCAGCGGCUGUGUCUCCGUGUGUGUACCCAGACGUAUGCAUCGGAGUUCCCACUAGCUGAGCUUCCCAGGGAUCACUCUACUAAGAGGAGCUACCAGCUGGCCUCUCCGGUACCCAUUUCCAUUCCCUACUCUCCUGUGAUAACCUUUCAGGUUGUCUUUUUGUAUAGCGUAACAGUCUCUGAAACAUUUUUCCGGCUGAACGGUCUCCAGGUAGGAUCGCCCUCUGCCAAUUCCCACAGCUUUUGUGAUUACGUGCCUAUCUUUCAGUGCUCAAUCAGCAGCAAGAAGAAUUUAUAUAAGUAUCAGUCUUUUGGUGUUCCGCUCUCCCUCUGCUUUCCCCCGAGUCUUAUAUCCUCUGACUUGGUGUCCUUUUAUGACGUCAUCUGUGCGUCCCUUCAAUUGGCUGCAGACUCCACUCACAAGAAGGCUCCCCGGAGCCUCACAGACCUCUUAGGACACCUUAAGGAGGCUGUUAUCCCACACAUUUUUGAGGGCAUCUUUCUGCGCGGUGAAGACAUAGCCGAUGUCUUUUCUCCUUACAGAUCUACGAUCACUCUCACAAACCAUUCAAAGUCUGACUCUGCCCGCUUCAAGGCUUACGAGAAGAUUCUUCAGUAUGCAGGUCUCACUGACACACUGCUGGCAGCUGUCGGAAAGGACUGGACAGAUCUGGCCGUGAGAGUGGGGACAGAGGUUGGUUUUUCACAGAAUGUUGCACAGAACAAGAUUCUGUUCGUCGCCACUUUUCUUUUGGACAUGUUUGAGCCAUACUCUUCGUCUGCAGCAAAGCGCAACGAUACCAUGUACCCUGACUCCACAUCAGUAUCGACGCCAGGCCUCUCCGAGUCAUCUUCUUUCCAACGCUUUGAGUCCCUUAAUUGUGCGUCGCGGGCCCGUGACAUGCUCUAUGCGUUUUCGUCUAAGCGGCAGGAUAAAGAUGCGGCAGCCUCGUGUCUCACGAUUCUUCCAAUUGAGUUUUCCUUAGCAAAUGCAUUAGUAUCCAAUAAGGUGUGCAUUUACACCAUCAACUUUUCCGAAGAUGGCACAGAUGCCAACCAAACCUUUCAUGACGCUGCCCCCAUAGUCAUGUCAAAGCCCGAGCUAUCUGGGAGCAAUCGGGGUCUCUGGCAGUUCACUUUGGAGGAAAGAAGAGAUAAGGCGCAGAUGAUAGCUGUCGGGCCUGUACUUAGCGCUACUCAAUCGAAGGUGUCCAUAAACCGCGUUCUGCUAGGAUGUAAGAACAACGCAGAGCUCACCUUUGCUAACUAUCUUUGGAUGCUGCCGCAAGUCCUCUUUCUUCCCGAUUCUGUUUCCUCCCAGCAGAUGAUCCGCGAUCGCGUAACAGCGUUCGAAAAGUGCGUCCUUAUAGCAUGUCUCUAUGACUUUGAGACCGGCGCACUCCUUGCCCGUGGAAGCCUACGAUUAAAGAAUGUCACUGAUACCUUUAUUUCAGCCGCAACAUCUGAUCUGGACGUCGAAAUAAAGCUACGGUGGUUCUAUGAACAGGAGUUUUCAUCAUCCGUUAAGGGGGUCGAGGACACGGUUACAUUUUUAGCAAGUUGCUACGGGUUUCUGAAGGAGUUGGAGCCUGCUGGUUCUCCGCAUCAAUCUACUCAUACCUCAGCGAAUGUAUCCAUCUGUGGCAAGAACAGUGCAUGCCUGGUCACCGCUGAAAACUCUAAUAGACCGACGUCUGCGCCUUCCUCUAUCCACGCAGAGGCUGCCAACUGUUCGCUGGUGCGCGAAAAUUCUCCAGACUGCCCCGAAGACUUAAGUACUAUUGAGUAUGUUCGAGCCCAAGCGGAACCCCGACAAUUCACAGAGCGGAGCGAGAUAGUGAGCCAGGAUGACAAGGGACUACGCACUCCUCGACUCUUAUCAGGAAAGGAGAUAGAGAUUAUUGACGGAACUAUUACGUUUCAGCUUGCACCCAGUCAGAGGCAAAGUACAUCAGGACCGGUCUGUGGCAUCCCUAACAACACGAAAGACGAGAUAGGUGUACUCAAACAAUUAAUACAUACGUUGCGGAAGGACCUAGAUCGGCUCACUCCCAAAACCUUUAGACAAGCGGUUGCUGCAAGCCCCUCGACAUACGCUGGCCUAGAGCAUCCGAUUUCGGAGGAUCUGCGACGGAAAGUGGAGGUCUCCACCGGCUUGGUGAUGCAAGAGGAAGGCACCACAUAUGAAUUAUGUCAAACAAUAGCUGAAAAGUUGGAUCGAAAUAUCCUAGCAUAUCUGUUAGUGGAUAUGGUCAAGCAGAAUGUCCAGCUAAGUAAGGAGCUUGAUGGUACCAGAGACAAGAUCGAUGUUUUGGAGAGCGCCUGUACUACAAAUGGUGCGGCGCUAUCUAAAUUGAAGGCCCUAGUACUGGAGCAGGAGCAACUACUUCAAUAUAUGGAAGCGCAAAGCAAAAAGUCGAUCCAUACGUCAACAGAGUCAGCAGAAAGGCUUAUUGCCGUUGAAAAGGAGAAUGCACGGCUCACUGAAAUCUUACGGGCCGUUACAGCUUCUUUGGGUAAGGAUGGUGCUGCCAAGGUCAUCUCCAUCUCAAGGAACCCCGCAGGGUAUACCCGAGCACAGUCAUCUCCAUCGCUAGAUGACGGAAGAAGUGGUGUGUUGCUUAGCGUUAAGCUACCGCCCGGAAGAUUGCCUCCGUUGAGUCCUGACCCAGAAGCCUUGUCUCCGCAUGCUGCCAGCAAAGCUUCUAACGUUGCGAAAAGAAAGAGUCCCAGCCAGGCCGUCAUCCUUUCGCGGUCCUGA